AUGGUGUUGCGACUUAGGGGAAAGCAAGAUGGAGAAGAUAACUACCUGUUCCAAGCGGUGGCGAGACUUGAAGUGGCCGGAAAUGUUGCCAGUGACGGUGGAAGUUUAUACCAAAAAUUUAUGUCAAUCCAGUACGAAAUGCUUGAGGUUUUGAGCUGGGAAAAUGGGAGAGGACAUUGA